UCCUCCAUGCGCGUCGCCUCCAAAAUUACCCGAAUAGGCAAAUGUCGCAACCUCUCUUACACUAACAGUACUGGUUCCGCAGCAAACAAGUUUACUAUGGGGACCUUCUGUGGCUUCUUUUUAUCCCCGUGGCUUUUGGUUGUUUACUUCUCUCACUCUCGCUUUACAUCGGUCGCCUUCCGGGGCAACGGAAGUUUGAAAAAACAAGGUACACAAACAGUGGACCCUUUUAUUUCUUCCACCUCGUCUCCUUCACUCUCACAGAUCGACAUACUAAAUCUCCCCUUUCGGACACAAACCCUCUUGUUCUGGACUUUUUUUUCUGUGGGUUCCUAUAUGGGUAGCGUCCAAACAAGUGGGAUUUCUCUUGGUUUUGUUUUUUUCUGUGGGAUCGUGGCUUUUCCUUAUUUCCCUUCUCUCCGUGUGUGGCUCACAUGUGUGUGUGCUAUGUCUGCCUCGGCGCGCCCGAUGGAGAAGGUGGAUGGACGGGUAUGAGUUUUCCCUGCAUUUGCGCUUUUGUUCCUUGGGAGACUUUUUUUCUUGUCUUGACCCUGUUUACUCUUCUUUUUUUCGGAGGAUGGGUAGGGGGAAGAGAAGGAUGUGAUGUGAUGUGAUCAAGGGUUGUCGCCCUGUCGAUCAUUCAUCCUUCAUCUGGGAGCGAGGAAUUGGCUGUGUUUCAGCACUCCUAUUUUGAUUUGUUUUUUCUUCUUUCUGUUUCUGUAUGUGUGUGGUUUAUUUUCUCGUUUACAUGAUGGGGGGAGUGCUUAUGACAUGUGGGUAGGUAGGUAGGUAGUAGGGAAUGAUGCAUGCAUGGUUUUUUUUUUUUUUUUUUUUUUUUUUACGAAAAAAACAACCUAUUUUCUCGCCUUCUUUGUCCGUCCAUUGCUGUUUUGUCUUUUUGAUGCGUUAUGAUGCCAGUGAAUUAUCCUAUCUCUUUCUCUUUUCUAUACUGUAGGUAGCGCCUUUGGCGUCUCUUCCUCUUCCCCCUUUAUAUCUCCUUUUUCUCUUCGAGAUUGGAGUCUGAGAAUCCGAGAAUCCGAGAAUUGUGGACAUGUAGAGAGAAAGAGAGAGACAGAGUUGAUGUGUGAUUUUUUGGGCAAGAGAAGCCUUCGUCUUCUACCCUGUCUUUUCUCUUUCUCUAUCUUUUUCUUUCUUCUUUGUGUGCAAUAUAAGAGAGAAAGAGUGUGUGAAAACAUAUAAAGGUUUUAUUUCUAUUAAAGGCUCUCUCUCUAAUCUCCCUCUGUUUUCAUUUGAUGCUUCUUCUCUUUUGUUAUAGAUGGAUGGAUGCGUGCG